UUAGGCUUGUGACAAAACUGAAUGAUAUCAUUAAGAUAAGAAUGAACAAAGAAGAAAAUGAGAAAGAAGACUUGGAGAGAAUUUUCCCUCCUUUUGUGUGGGCCAUUAGAGAUUUUACUUUGGACCUGGAAAUGGAUGGCAAAGCAAUUACCCCUGAUCAGUAUCUGGAAAACUGUCUGGAAGAGAAAACAGAAAAAAUGAAGGAGUUCAAUGAAUGCCGAAAAUGUAUCAAGAAGUUUUUUCCUGAUAAGAAAUGUUUUGUUUUCCCUCAGCCUGUUAAAAAGCAGGAUCUUAAAAGUCUUGAAAUCCUUAGUGAUGAAAAGCUGGAUGAGGAAUUUGUGGCUGUAUCCAAACAUUUCUGUGAUUAUGUAUAUGAGCGUGCCAAACCUAAAACUGUUCGGGGGGCCCUGCUGAAUGGCAGACCACUUAAAGUGAAUUUUGCAUAA